UCAGUCACCAGCGCACCGGGGUAGGGUGUCCCCGCCAGUGAAGCCGCCGCAGACUCAAUGCAACGCGGAGGCGCGACCCAAACAGCGGCGCUGCAAUCCGUUAAAAACGAAAUCAACACCGGCAGAGGAGCAGGCGCCGGCCGGAGGACCCCCACACAGAGAUACUUAGUAUUUAUUUUUUAAAUUAACAUUUUGUAAUGUAUGAAGGGGUGCGAGGUUUCACAAGCUCCUUGCUGAUAUCGCAGUAGCGAGUGACAGCCCCCCCGGUUCACGGAGUCCAGCUGCCUGCGUGUGAAGAAGCGCCGCUUUCUGGAAACUGUACCGCCGGAGCCCCCCAGCCUCCCCGCUCCCGCUGGACAGGUACCGCUGCAGCACCCACUCGUCCCCAGGCCGGCGCGGAAGAUGAGACAGGCGGCCGGGCUCUGCUUGUUGUCCGGGCUGCUGGCUCUCUGCGGUGCCGCUGCCGCGGUGCCCAGCCUGGCAGACCGGGUCAUCUGGGCGGUUAACUGCGGCGGAGAGGCGCACACGGACGCGCACGGGAUCCAGUACAAGAAGGACCCGCUGGAAGGGAAGCUCGGCAAAGCUUCGGACUACGGCAUGCGUUUGCCGAUCCUGCGGUCCAGCCCCGAGGAUCAGAUCCUGUACCAGACGGAGCGCUACAACGAGGACUCCUUCAGCUACGAGGUGCCCAUCCGCGAGGAGGGCGAGUACGUGGUGGUGCUCAAGUUUGCUGAGGUCUACUUCGCACAGUCCCAGCAGAAGGUGUUUGAUGUGAAGCUGAACAGUCACUUCGUGGUGAAGGACCUAGAUAUCUUUGAUAAGGUGGGGCACAGCACUGCCCACGACGAAAUCGUCCCCUUCAGCAUCGUCAAGGGCAAGCUGAGCGUCAACGGAGAGGUGUCCACCUUCAACGGCAAGCUCACUGUGGAGUUCGUCAAGGGUUACUACGACAACCCCAAGGUGUGCGGGCUCUACGUCAUGAAGGGAACCGUGGAAGAUGUGCCCAAGCUGCAGCCUCACCCGGGCCUGGAGAAGAAGGAAGAAGAGGAGGAGGAGGAGGAGGAGGAGUAUGAGGAAGGAGGGGAGGGGAAGAAGACGCCGGCCGCCAAGCACCGUGUCCAGUCCGGCCCCCGCACCCCCAACCCCUACGCAGCCGACAACAGCAGCCUCAUGUUCCCCAUCCUCGUGUCGUUCGGAGUCUUCAUUCCCACGCUGUUCUGUCUCUGCCGCCUGUGAGUUCACAACAUGAUAUUGAAAAGUGACACCUUCCCCCUGAUGCUUCAGCUGGCUGCGCCCUUAGACUCAACUUCACGGACUAGGAAUCUGAACUGCAGUUCGGUUUCCAGACAGUGUCUGCUUGGAGGGAGGAGACGUGCUUUCUUUCUGUGUGUGUGUGUGUGUGCAUGGUCUGUGUCUGUGUCUUUGCGAGUGAUUUGAUGGUGCUGUUAUGAUGUGCUGUGAAUACAGUGGAAAGUUUGCUAGCCAGAGAUGGACGCUGUCUAGAGCGCCAUGCCUUCAGAACAGUGCUUGUGGACCCCUUUGCGUCUCCGUUGGCUCUUCACCUGCUGAAUGGAAUCAAGGAGCCGAGAGACAUUGAAGAAAGAGGUCCUGCCUGCUCUGCAGACUGGGGGACUAUCUCCUCAAUGGGAUUGGUGCAGAGGUGGGCAGGCUGUCUGCUCCAACGCAUCCUAUUGGCUGCCUCUACCUGGGAGGGUUGUUAAGAUAAAGCCUUAGUCUAGAGGACUAACAGGACGUUGAGGGUUUUUAAAAAAAAAAAAUUCUGUUAAGUCCUUUCCUGCCUCUCUUGCAGCCCUGCAUUAUCAGUUAUGUUACCCUGGGAAGUGGAAAAGGUACUGGAUGACAGUUACUGUUGCCGUUAGACAAAAGUUAUUUUAUUUAUUUGUUUUUUUGUCUUAUUUUCUUUCUUUCUGUAGCAGUAAGGUAGCAAUUGUAAAUGGACUGCAGUAUAAAAACUAGAUUACAAGCCCACCCCACCUCCCAGCCCCCCUCUUGCCAUACAGCUUGACGACACAUAAAGCGACCUCGAUUAUCGCCAAACACCCCGUUAUCCAAACCGAGCGAGUUUCCUGGGCUGCUCGGACCCUGCGUCUGUCUAGAAGCCUUAACCUCAACCAGGGUCCUUCCAGGGGCUACUGUGCCAGCCUAGCCCAAGUACUGCCCCUCCCUGCCUCUAGGGGGUGCAAGAUGCUAGUCUGCCACCACAGCCCCGUGCAACCUUUGAACUGGAGAUGUUUAUCCCAGUUACGUAUGGUACAGUUGAAAGCUGUCGGGUAUCUGCUUUGAGAUAGAAUAGACUGUCAAUCUGUAUUGGCUCUAGAAUACAUACAUGCAUACAGCACCAUGUUGUGGCACUGCCACCUCCUCCCCUAGACUGUGGACAGCCUUAAUCCGUCAUCCUGUGGCUGCUCCCCAAGAGCUAAGCCUUGCUCCAGUUGUGCCAAACUCCUCUUUAUUGCAAGGUGCUCUGCCUGCCUGCCUGCCUGCCUGCCUGCCUGCCUGCAAAGAGCUUAGUGAUAUUUUUUGUGUUUUUUUUUUUCACAUUGGGUUGCAAACGGUACUGUAAAUAAAUUUUAAUCUUUGA